GUGCACAAGAAAGCAGCCACAUCAAAUUAAAAUUAAUCCUUGUUGGUAAAGAAGGAGCUGGGAAAAGUGCAACGGGAAACACCAUCCUUGGCAACAAAGUGUUUGAGUCCAAACUGGGGGCAAAGCCAGUAACGGAGACUUGCAGGAGAGGGAGCAUGAUCUGGAAUGGGAAGGAGGUUGUGGUUAUCGAUACGCCUGAUGUAUUUUCUCCAGAGGCCAGUGACACAGAAACCUAUCGAGAGAUCAGUCGCUGUAUCGCGCUCUCUGCCCCAGGCCCCCACGCUCUGGUGCUGGUGACUCAGCUGGGCCGUUACACUGAAGAAGACAAGGAAGCAGUGAAGCGAGUGUGGGAGAUUUUUGGAGUUGAAGCCAUGAGACACAUGAUUGUCCUGUUCACCCGGAAAGAAGAUUUAGGGGGUGACUCACUGAGGCACUAUGUGAGAAAGUCAGAUAACAAAAAUCUUAAGAAGCUGAUUAAAAGGUGUGAGAACCGAUACUGCGCUUUCAACAACAAAGCAACUGGAGCAGAGAGGGAGGAGCAGGUUAAUGAGCUGAUGGAAAUAACUGAGAGAAUGUUGGAGGAGAAUGGAGGCAGAUGCUACACCAAUGAGCUGUAUUCUGAGGUGGAGCGUAUGGUGGAUGGAGGAACAGAAGAAAAGUACAUGAAGAUUGAAGAAAAACUGAGAAAGUACAUGGCAAAACAAAAGACACCCAAGAAAGAGGCUAGGACUACUAGACUUCAAAACAUGUUGAAGAGACCUGGUUGUAAGAAUAAUGACCGAGGCCCAGCAGCUCCCACCUCUCACUGA